AUGAUGAGUCUCAAAAGUAUAUCCCUGACCUUUCUUGUUGCCAUUUUCGCAUUUUUAUGGGCUUACCCAAACUCACAAUACCUCAAAUACUUCGAAGAUCUCAGUCUCACCACUGCUUCAACAUCGCCUAUCAUGUCUCUUCUCAUCCCAUACUGCAUCACUUGUAAUGCUAGGCAUCACAAGAAGCAAGAUAACAUGGCUAAACAAGUGUCAAUUUGUGAUGAUUUCCCUCCUGGAAUACCUCCUCCAGAUACCGACAAAACCUCCUUUUUUUGCGUGGAUGGAAAUGGCUGCUGCAAUUUCACUUUAGUUCAAGCAGCUGUUGAUGCAGUUCCAGCUCUUAGCCAGAAAAGAACAGUAAUAUGGAUCAAUAAUGGCAUUUAUUAUGAGAAAGUCAUUGUUCCAAGCACCAAACCGAACAUAACAUUUCAAGGACAAGGGUAUUUGUCGACUGCAAUAUCGUGGAAUGACACUGCAAAUUCAUCACAUGGUACAUUUUAUAGUGGCUCUGUUCAAGUUUUCGGUGCCAACUUCAUUGCCAAGAAUAUCAGCUUCAUGAAUGUAGCUCCAAUUCCAAAACCUGGUGAUGUUGGAGCGCAAGCUGUGGCAAUUAGGGUUUCGGGGGACCAAUCUGCAUUUUGGGGCUGUGGAUUCUUUGGUGCUCAAGAUACCCUCCAUGAUGAUAAGGGCCGCCAUUACUUUAGGGAUUGCUACAUUCAGGGUUCCAUUGAUUUCAUCUUUGGCAAUGCAAGGUCAUUAUAUGAGAAUUGUCAGUUGGUUUCGAUGGCCAACCCAGUAGCCCCAGGAGCAAAGAGCAUUACUGGAGCCCUUACUGCGCAUGGCAGAGCUUCAAAUGAAAACACUGGAUAUUCAUUUGUGAACUGCACUGUUGGAGGGUCUGGAAGGGUUUGGUUAGGUCGAGCGUGGAGGCCUUUCUCCCGUGUGGUGUUCAUCAACACCACAAUGACUGACAUCAUAGCUCCAGAAGGCUGGAAUGAUUUCAAUGACCCAACAAGGGACCAGAGUAUAUACUAUGGAGAAUAUAAUUGCUCAGGUCCGGGAGCUAAUUUGACCAUGCGGGCAUCUUAUGUACAGAGACUCAAUGACACACAAGCUUCUCCUUUCCUUAAUGUGUCCUUCAUUGAUGGAAAUGAUUGGUUACAAUCUCUGAAUGCUAACUAGUAUACAUAUCUUGAUCUUAAUAUUAAUUAAUUGGUAAUUCCUUCUCAUUCAUAUAUA